AUGGGUAAUGUGACGUCAAAUGUAGCGGCCAAAUUCGCUUUCUUCCCUCCGUCACCGGCUACAUACGGCGUGACUAAAGAUGAGGAGACCGGAAAGCUUAUAUUCACCGGAGUCACUCCGGAGAAAAGCAUGGACGUUCACCAAAUUACCUCCAAAUCCGGCGACAAAGUCGUUGCUACGUAUUGGAAGCACCCUUUUGCAAGAUUCACUCUUCUUUAUUCUCAUGGCAAUGCUGCUGAUCUCGGUCAAACGGUCGAGCUCUUCAUCGAGCUUCGUGCUCAUCUCCGUGUCAACAUUAUGAGCUAUGAUUAUUCGGGCUAUGGAGCUUCAACAGGCAAGCCGUCUGAGUUCAAUACGUACCAAGAUAUCGAAGCUGUGUACAAUUGCUUGAGGAGCGAGUACGGUAUCAAGCAAGAGGAAAUGAUUCUGUACGGGCAAUCCGUUGGAAGCGGACCAACGCUGCAUUUAGCGUCUCGGUUAAAGAGACUAAGAGGGGUUGUUCUUCAUAGCGCAAUUCUCUCUGGCCUUAGAGUUCUGUAUCCUGUCAAAAUGACAUUCUGGUUCGAUAUAUACAAAAACAUUGAGAAGAUACGCCAUGUGACAUGCCCUGUUCUUGUCAUACAUGGAACAAACGAUGAGAUUGUGAACUUGUCGCAUGGGAAGCGAUUAUGGGAGCUUGCAAAAGAAAAAUAUGAUCCAUUGUGGGUUAAAGGAGGAGGGCAUUGCAACUUGGAGACAUAUCCUGAGUACAUAAAGCAUCUGCGUAAGUUCAUAAACGCAAUGGAGAAACUCGCUCUCAACAAUCCGCCAACAAAACAACUAGACGACGAUCCAAGCAUCACUGAGAUUAAGCACAAUCGGUGCUUAAGAUUCAGGAAAAGAUAG